AUGCACAUUGAUAAAGAUAGCAGAGUGAUACUCCUCCCGGAGACAGAGUCCCCCGCUGAAUUCAAAAUACUCGAAUUACCCACAUCAAACAACCUAUCCACGACAAAGUCUUAUUUGUUCGAUGCAACUACAAACUCCCUCUAUGAGCUCAACGAAAUAAGAACAAGCGAAUCGGCAAAGUUGAAAUCAGGCGAUGCCGUAAAGUCAUACAUUCUCGAAUCAGACACAUCUGGUGCAAUAAUACAGUCUCCACGAACCAUCAUCUCGUCCAAAUUCAACCUUGUGUAUUUACUAAUUUCCAUAUUGUCCAGUCAGAAAGAAGACCGAUUCAUCACAGUAGACGACUUUAUGGAUCGAGUUGCAUGGAGUCACAACUUGCCAGAAAGUGUCAUUAGUAAUGCCCUUGUACAGAUCUGUGACGAAUUAGAUCAAGGCGACGCCAAAUUCUACAAAUUUUCUUUGGACAAGUCGAUACAGUUUGUCAAUGAAAAAAUCACCAAACUAGUUGAGUUCUUUACGAACGAAAAGAAUACGGUUAUAGAGAAAGUCAGGGCUGAGUUGAAUGAUCCGACCAGUACCGAAGUCGUUUCACAACAAUUAGUCCUGGAAUUAACCUUGCAGUACGCCAUAGAUUAUGUGUGUGGCUCAUACAUUGCUGAACCGACGUUUAAACAAGAUUUAAUUAAAAAGUACCAGUACAAGUUUGAUAAUGUGGAUGCAUACCUUGCCAAGUUAAAAGAAAAACAAAAGAGCCUUGCUGUUGUGGAAGCAAACAUGAACGAAGUGAUUCAUUCUACCGUCAAGAACAGAAAGAAGGAACAAAAGAAAACGAUCAAGAAAGUUCAAACUAAAAAGGUCGCCGUGGGUAAAGGUGCCCUUGAUGGAUUCUUCAAGAAAGCUUAG